GGAGGCGAAGCGGAGCGAGGGCCGCCGGGCCUGCGCCGUUGGCUGCUGCUGGGCUUCUCAGCCGCUGGGCCCGCCGCCGCCGCCGCCGCCGCCAUGCCCAUGAAGGGCCGCUUCCCGAUCCGCCGCACCCUGCAGUACCUGGGCCAGGGGGACGUGGUGUUCAAGGACUCCGUGAAGGUCAUGACGGUGAACUACAACACGCACGGGGAGCUGGGCGAGGGCGCCAGGAAAUUUGUGUUUUUCAACAUACCUCAGAUCCAGUACAAAAAUCCUUGGGUACAGAUCAUGAUGUUUAAGAACAUGACGCCGUCCCCCUUUCUGCGGUUCUAUCUGGAUUCUGGGGAGCAGGUCCUUGUGGAUGUGGAGACCAAGAGCAACAAGGAGAUUGUGGAGCACAUCAAAAAAAUCUUGGGGAAGAACAAGGAAACCCUGGAAGAGGAGGAGCAGGAGAAAAAGCAGCUUUCUCACCCAGCCCACUUCGGGCCCCGAAAGUACUGCCUGCGGGAGUGUAUCUGCGAGGUGGAGGGGCAGGUCCCCUGCCCGGGCCUGUUGCCAUUACCCAAGGAGCUGACCGGGAAGUACAAAGCAAUGCUGACGGCCAGCACCCAGGACUGAGGCCCAGGCCACACCCUGGGAGGGUGUCCCUGGAGGGACUCUGAAAAAUCUGUGCCAUAAGACCGUCCCCUUCACACACCUGUGUGCAGUGACACAGGAGGGUCGGGGAGGAUCUGCAGUGGAGCUGCUAGACGUGGGCUCUGCUCUGUCAGGCAAUAAAAUGCUUCCUGGUCUCCA